GCCGGACAGACGGUUCGGUGGUGGAGGGCGAGGACUACUGUAUUGUAUAACAAUAACAAACGCUACGCGGCGCCGCCGUCGUCAUCGCGUCAUAAACCGCAAAAAAGUGCGAUCGCGUGCAUGCGUGAGUGCGUGCGUGCGCGUACCGUGUGUACUACGAGUUACUACUGUGUACGUGUGCGCGUGUGUAUUUUGUGCGUGUGUGUGGGCUGCGAAAUGCUGUGUAUACGCGAAGGAUAACAACACGGACGUCGCGCGUACGUGUUUGUGCGGUUUUGGUUUGUUUGUUUAUUUGUUCGUUUGUCUGUUAACAAAACAUUUGUUUUGUUUGUGUUUUUUAGUGUAGUUGUGCUGCAGCGACUUUAAUACACUUACGUGUAUGCACGUAACACCGGCCGGUUGUACACUAUAAUAAUAUUGUUUUCGCAUAUACCUAAUUGUCGUCAAUUGGACGACUGAGAAAAUGAUAAAAGCGGCGUCGGCGUAACCUCUUCGAGUUGCGAGUUUCGGUUGGAUAACGAACGACGUAUACGAUUGAUAUCGCAUAGCAAUAUUGAGUCGAACCAGUCGGCGGCCAAUCGCGUAAGAAAUUCGUCGUGUCAAAUUUCCCAUCCAUGGCGUCCAUAAACAGUUCAAGUAAAAACGCUCAACAUAACACGACUGCCGGAAGUAGCAACAUGUACCGCGUCGGAGGUGGGUCGAAAUCUCAUUAAAAUAAAUAUUUUGCAAAUUCCUUAUUAUUUUUGUACAGUACCUACCUAUGUAUCAAUGUUUUGGCUAAUGCUAUCAUAGUUUAAAAUGCCUAUUAAAUUAAAAAAUCUAGUACAUUAUGGGCGUUUUGUACAUUUUUGCUACAGGAUACUUACUGGAUAAUGCUCAUGGUUAAGCUACUGUUGUAGGGGGAAUUAGGAAGGUAGUAUAUGUAGGAUUAUUUAAUUCAUACCUAUUUGUACUCAUAGAUAAAUCAUUGCUAAUGAAAAACAGUUCUAAACAAAGUUCAAUUAAAUGGGUUUUGAAAUUUUACGAUUUUUGUUAAAACAUUUAAGUAAUUUUUUUUAAAAAAAAACUACUACCUAUAUCACGCUCUCUAAUUUUUUUUAGAAUUUUUGCUCUGUCAAAACAAUUUUAUUCACAUAUAUCUAUAUAAAAACUUUGUAAGAAAAAACUCUAAAAUUUCAAAUGGUUAUACCUAGGUGCUUGUAUAAAAAGUAAAACAAUUGCUUGAAUCUUUUAAUAAUUUGAUCAGAGAAGUCUAAUAUAAGUGUCCAGUGAAAAUUGUAUGUAUCUAUGAUUAUUUUUAACUUGCAACAAUAAAUUAAAAUCAAAAAUAAUUGAAACUCUUAUUGUAUAAAUAUUCUUGUAUAUUAAUAUUCUUUCCAAAUUAUUUAGAAAACCACUAGGAAAAUCAAUAAUUUAAUUCUCUGGUGUACCAACUUGAGAAAAUUCUCAAAGUUGAUGAUCAAAUUAAGGGUUUAAGUAGAAAAAUUGUUCAUAGACAAAAAAAAUAAAAAUAAAAAUUCAAUAAAUAACACAUGUAAAACUAUAAUUAUAGAUAGACCCAAAAUAAAAAUUAUGAAUAAAAUACUUAGCUUUGAGUAUUAUGUACACCAUUAGUUCUAUAUUAUAUUUAUUAAUCUGGACCAAUCCUGAUUGUUUACUAUAAUUAUGACUAUAAAAUUAUUCUUACUCAUGCCUAUUUAGGUUUAAAUAUAUAGCAUACUACUUAUUUUGAUUUUAUAUAAUAGUAUAUACUUUAAUAUUCAUAAUAAAUAUAAAAAAAAAUAAGUCAAUAAUGUUGAAAUUAUUUUAAUUGUAUUAUAUAAAUUAGGUAAUAGUUGUAUAAUUAAAUAUAAUUCAAAUUAAAUAAAUUAUAGAUUGUUUGACUAUCAAAUUAUUGUUAAAUAAAAUUAAUGUGCUUAGAUUAUGUGUACUUCGAGGCUCAACAGCAGUCUGUUCAUGUCAAUCAACAGCAACCGUUUCAAAUACGAAGAAUUGAAGAACUCAAUAAGACUUCAAAUGGUAAUGUUGAAGCCAAAGUUAUGUGUUUCUACAGAAGACGAGAUCUCCCGGCUCAACUUGUCACUCUGGCAGAUAUACAUCAACAGCGUCAACAGCAAUUAUCAUUGACUAUGUCACCAACUCUUAGGAAUAGCGAUAUUAAGAGUGAGAAGCAUACAGGUACAAUCAAAAUCUGAUCAAUCAUUCAUAAAAAUAUAGUUUAUUACAAUUUAUUUUUAAUAAGGUUUUAAUAGUAAAAUAUUUUUUUUUUUAUAUUACAAACAUGUUCAAAUAAUUGAUAAUAAAAUAAAUAUUACAAGGCUUAUUGAAGGAUAAUAUAACAAUUAAAAACUUAAUGUUUUAGUAAGAAAUAAGGUUGGUUUAGUUUAAAAUACUAGUACACGGUCAAAGUUAUAGAUUUUUAUUAUUAUGACUAUUCUGAUAAAAAUUAUAAGAUAAAUACGUAUAUAAAAAAAGUGGAGACAAAAACUUGGAAUUAUUUGUAUACAUUUUAUUUAAGAGGAGAUAGAGUAUGUUUUUUGAGUGUGAUUUUCAAAAUUUGGUUAGUUCCUCUAAUGUAAAAUUUAUUGUAUUAAAUUAUACUUCAGAUUAUACAUUUUUGAGUUAAUAUAAUAAUCACGCCUAUCUGGAAUUUUAUAAAUUUAAAUUUAAUUUAUAUUAAAUAUAUACCAUUAUUUUUAUGAGUUUCUUGGGCUCGAUAAGUUAUCAGUUCCUGUGGUUGAUUAACAGAGUAUACAAAAGAUACAAUAGCAGAUAAAAAAGAACAGGAUACUGGAAUGAAAAAAAUGAUCAGAACAGAAGAAGAUCAAACUAGUACAAAAACUGAAACAACUGAUGGGGCUGAAUCCACGAAAGAAGAACAGUCUCAAUCACAGGAUAUUGAGAUAGCAGAUGCAGUAGAAACUGAUCUUGUUGCAUCUGCUAUUAUUAAGAAUUGUGAUCUACAAGGAGGUGGAAAUGAUGGUGAUAUCAACGAUACACGUAAAUAUAUAUUCAAUAGUAUUGUGUAGUAUAUUAUGAAAAACUAAUAGGUUUAACAGGAUCAGAUAUUGGAAAAGAUUAUGACAAGUCUAUACUGGCUGCACAACAGCAACACGACUGGUGGCGUGGUGAACAACUUAAACAACGUGAAUUGUUUCUAAGUAGGCAAGUUGAAACAUUAGCAGCAACACACAUACGUGGAAAGUGUACUGUUACAUUAUACAAUGAAACUGAAUCUAUGGAAAGUUAUUUGGAGAAAGAGGUAAGGAUAAAAAAAUAUUUUAAAAUACUUAUUUAGAUGAAAAAUAUUUUAAAACUAAUUAAACUAUUCUUUAAGUGUUGUUUGGAUUGUUUUAAAUGACAAUUUUUAAUUAGUGCCUUCAGAACUGAAUGAGUAAAACAUUCCUGAACGUCUCUUAAAAUUUAAUUAAAUUUUUUUGUACAAUUUAAAAUUAUUAGUUUAAGUUAAAUACUAAUAUUUUAAUAAAAUAGUUGGUAAAAUUACAAAUAAAAGAAUACAACUUCUUGCUUUUUUUUUAAAAUGUUUUUAUUUGUUAAUUAAUAAUGACUAGAACAUGUUUAUAAAUAGGUAUAUUUAUUUACCAUUUCAAUUAAUGAUACUUUCAAAUUGUUUCUUUAGCAAGAAAAAUAAUUGGUUUUGGAAUAUUUUGUUCAGUUUUUUGUUCUCAUAUGAAAUAUGCAACAUAAGUGAUACUAAUGAAUUAAAGUGGUUAUAUAAUUGGUUAGAAAAAGAUUAAAUAACAAAGAUAAUUUGUAGAUAAUUUUAGUUAUAUUUACAGGCUAUUUAAUAUUUUAGUAAAGGAUUGAUAUGUGUUUAAAGAUUUUUUUCUCAUUUUUUUUUCAUUGCUGAAUAUGUACUAUUUGGCUCUACAUACACAAAUAUUUUCAUAAAUGUAGAGUUCCUAGUGUUAAAACAAGUUAUGAUAAAUUUAAAUAAACAUGGUAACAAUAAAUAUGGUGUCUAUUAUGGUUAAAUUAGGAUCUUUAUAAUUAUUUUAUAUUUAGAGACAAAUAAAAAUUGUAUGUUAUACUACUUUGUUUGAUAGUAUGUUUUACUUGUUUAUUUUAUAAUUAUAUUCAUCUGAAUAUUAAGAAGGUAAUUUUUAUAAAGCAAAUAGGCAUCUAACUUAACUUGUAGCCAAAUAUUUUUUUUCAUUUAGCUAGCAAUCGUACAUUUUGAAAAUAUUUCAUUGAGCAUUUGAGUAUUUGAUUUUAAUAUAUUUUCUUCAAAAUGUUUGUGAUGUCAUUGUUAUGCUAUAUUGUUGAUGGGUAUUGAGUAAUUGGAUUUAAUUGUAUUAUUUUAUAACUCAAUGACUAAAAGUUGAGGAUUUGAUGAUGCUUAUUAAGAUUUUCAUUUUGAAGUGAUGGUAAAUUAAAUACAUUUGUAUUUUUUUGAGGAGUAUAAAAAAGUGUUCCCCCUCUACCUUAGCUCCUAUGAAUUUAAUUAUAAAUAUUAUUAAUAACUAAAACAAAGAAAUCACUCCAUUGCUAGUGUUUUAUAAAUUGUUGCCACAUUCAUGCAGAGUAUUAUUAGUAAAUAGGCCAAUAUUAUAGAUGGGAUAUAAUAUAUAAGGUAAUUAGUAAUUGUUUAUGCAUUGGUAAUUAUUGCAAAUCAAAAAUGAUUUUGAUUUUAUUAAUAUAUUUUUUGAUUUAUUAAAAUUAAAUAUUUAUGCACAUUUUGAAAUAAAAAAAAUCAUUAUUUAAUAUUAAAAAAUUUCAAAAAAAUUUUUUUUUAACUACUUUAGCAUUGCACCUAGAGUGGGCAGGUUAUAUUGCCCAAAAACUGCCUAGCGUAGUGGAAUCAUAAAUCAUGUGGUACAUAAUUUUUACAAUUAUCAAGUUUAAAUAUUCUAAUAUUAAUUUUUUCCGAAAAAAAAAUUUUAAUAGUUUUCCUAUGUAUCAUCAGUUAAAAUUAUAUUAUUAUUAUUUAAGCAUUGAGAUUGGCAUCUUUAUCAAUAAAAGAGAAGAGCUGGAAGGGCUCGUGCCAUUAUCACUGCACUCAAGGCAAGAAAUUGGUAGAGUGCCCGUAUUUGAAACAUAAAAACCUGCAUUAAAAGUGCCCCAAUGUUUCAUAUGGAACAUAAAAAUGUAGUCUAUGCAUUUAGGUGAAAAAAUACUAAAGGUUAUCACAAAAGUGGCACUAGAAUAACUUUGAAAUUGCCCAUCAUUGUUGAAGAUCAUAAUCAAAAAUAAAAUAAAAUACUAUUUUAUUUAAUACUUUAAAAUUAUUGUGCAUUUGUAAUACUGUUAGUCUACUUGACAAGAUAUAAAUAUUUUUGAUAAUAUUAAACAAAAAUAACAUAAUAAUAAAUAGCCAAACCAUGUAAAAUUUAUUUAUUAAAUUAAAAAACAUUUAACAAAACUAAUAAUGGUGUUAUUAUCACAAAGUAAUGUAUAAUUUUGUUUAAAUUUUGUGAAAUUUAAAAAAAAAAAAAUUGUACAAAUUACAAUUAAACAAUUAAAAUAUUAUAAUAAUGUAGUGAAUAACUUUGCUAACUUUAGUUAUCAUGAGAAAAAUAGCAUAAUUUGCACUUUAAGUCUACUUGACUAAAAUAUAAGUAAUUUUCGAUAAAAUUAAAAACAUGUUGAUUAUAAUAUUAAUUAAUCAGCUCAAGUAUUAAAAAAGAAUUUAAAUGAAUAAAUUUAGUCUUAACAUUUUUUAUUUUUAUUUAUUUUCUUAUUUUAAAACUAAAAUUUAAAAUAUUAUGUUGAUAAUGAAAUGGUGUAAGUGUCAAUUUCUUUAUCAUCGAAAAUACCAGAAAGUGGAAAAAUUGUUAUCUGUCAUCAAUGUUGUUUACACCAUUUUCCAUUUUUUCCAUUAUCUCUUACUCCAAUUUAGUGGCACUUACAACCAAAAUAUUUACAUAUCAAUUAACCCAAUUUUUAUUUUUGUCACUUACUAAAAAUAAGAAAACCUUGAUAAAAUAUUUAUUCAUUACAUUGUUAUCAAACCUGGUGUAUUCAAUGCCUCAUUGUAUCACUUUACGCCUUAUUGACAAAAAGUCAGUUUUAGUAAAAAUGUCACUUGCAUUAAUUUUAUUAGCUUGCAAACAGUCUAUAUAUUUUCUUUAAUAUUGUACCUAUUUUCCUUGGUUUCCUAUGCUUUUCCAUGUUUUUUCCUGUUUAUCUAAUUAUUGAGAAAAUCAAAAAAUGUUUUCCUUAAAAUACCACCACAGUCAGAUUUCUUCUCAGAAAAAGUGGUAUCAGUAUAAAUCGAAAAUUUGACAAGAGUGGUACAUUAAGUAUGUCAUUUUUUGAUUUUCUCAGUUGUUUUCAUAAUUGGAAAAACAGGAAAAUGUACGAAUUGUAUUAUUCUAAAAUCAUAAAUAACAUUAUCAUUAAAUCAAAAUGUUUUGCCUUUUAAAACAUGUAUAACAAAAUUCUACUCAAAAAUUUUACAUUUUCCUUAGCAAUGAUUAAUUGUUGUAUACAAAUAUACAUUAAAUUCCCCUCUAUAUAUUACCUUACCAACUUCUAACCUAUAACAGUGAUCCACUCAUUGUGCAAAGUGUGUCCCUUUUUUUAAAUUAAAUUUUGUGUAUACAUUUUCAAAUAUUAUUUUUAAUAAAUAUAUAUUUAUAUUUUUGCUCAUACUUUAGUCACCUCAUUUUGUUUUCGCUCUAACUGCUUUUAGUCUUUUGUCAUUUAACCAUUAGUUACAUCAUUAUGUUCAUUUGACAUUUUAUUUCAUAUGUUAAUCUGAAACAAAGCAAUUUUCUGACAUUAUAUACAGAAUGUGCCAUGAAAACAAAUAUCCCUAAUUCAAUAUUUAGAAAAUAACUCUAGAUUAUAAUUUUUUUUUUAUAUGAACAUUAUUUUUUCUACCAGAAAGUUUACUGAAUGUGAUGUAGAUUAUUUUCUGAAAUUAAAUUUUCUUAGGGUGGUACUUUAGGGAGGUCAGUUUUUAAUUUUUUCAGGAGUUUUUUUUAACAAAUUGUGAAAAACUGCAAAAAAAAAAAAUAGGAAAAUGUAAGAAAUGUAGGUAUUAGUCAAAAAAUAUUAUUUUUAUUAAAUAAAGUAAUAUAGUAAAUAAAUAUAUAAAUAAAAAAUUUAAUUAUAAAAAUAAUACAACCACAUUUGAAGUAUGUCCAUCUUAUUUUUAUUGUAAUGCUAUUUAAAUAUUUUUAGAGACUUUACAUUAUGACAGAAAACUUAUUAUUGCCUAUUUUAAUAAAAUUUACAAAAAAAACAUCUGAGCCAAUUUUGAGCUAUCUAUAGACAUUUUAAUUUUGUGAGUUUUUUAUAUAAUUGUUAUUUGGUAGGUAUUUUGAGUAUAAAAUUGUCAGAGUAAAUAGAAAUGCUUGAAAAUUUGACAUAAGGUUUGUUCAUUAUAAGUCCUACUUAGUUGUCAAAAAAAAAAAAAAAUAGAUGUCUUAGGAUAAUGGGGUAGGGUGUAACUAGAAUGUUCUUCGAAAUCACUUUUGUUACUUUCCAGUCUUUUCUCAAAAUGUAAUUAUUAUGUGACAUAUCAAAUUUUAUUAUUUUAGAAGAUCAUAUAUAUUAAACAUCUUAUCAAUAACAUUGUUAGAAAAUUAUCAAUUUUUUACUUUCGUACCUACCUUUUAUCCUUUUAUUUAAUUAAUUUGUGUUCAUUUAAAAGUACACAACUGACACAACUAUAUAAUUCACAAUUGCACAAGUACACAAAAUGGACAUAUAGUUGUGCUAUUAUUUGUUGUCAGUAAGUUAUAAUAUAUUUUCUCUAUUUGAGUAAUUUCCCUGGAAAAGUCCAUGAUUUUUUAUUCCUGGAAAAGUGCCCAUCCCUAGGUGUAACCACUGUUAUAGGCAAUUUAAUGUAUCCAAAAAAAAAUUUUGUGGGAAGUUCAGUUGAUAGUGAUGUGAUGCUUUGUUAACAAUAUGUAUGUAACUUUAUAGUAAAAUAAUUAAAUAGGCUUUGUUUAUUUUCCUUAAUAAUAUUUGUUUAAUGUGGUAUCAAUUUUCUCAGUUUUCUUACAUUUUUCCUGGUUUUCCCAUGUUUUAUUUAGGUUUUUCACAUUUGCUGGGAAAACUCUUGUGAAAAUCAAAAAAUGACCUCCUUAAAGUUCCUUCCCACGCUGAUUUCAUUUCAGAAAAUGUGUACGUAUAGAAAUCUGAGCAAGUCUUCUGGUAUAAAAGUUGCACACAGAUAAAAAAAAAACAUCUUUGUAAAACUAUAAAAUUCUUCACUCUACUCAGAAUCUAAAAUUAAGUGUAUUAAGUUUUAUUUUAUUAAACAGUAUAAUUUAAAUAAAUUACUUCGUUUAGGUUAACCUGUAAUAUGAUAGUAAUAAUUUGAAAUUCUUCUUCAAAUAAUUUUUAAAUUAUAAAUUAUAUAAAAAAGAAAAAAUUAAAUUUAAAUGAUUAGCUUUUAAUAGUUACUUUUAAUAAUAAUGUUAAAUUCAUAUAGUACUUUUCAAUAUGUAUUAAAAUCAUAAAUUAUGUUGAAAAAAUUGAAAAUAGUAAUUUAGGUAAUUGUGAUAUAUUAAUAAUAGCAUUGAAUAAAAUUUAAAAUAUUCCAUACAUUUUAAAAAGUCACAUCUAAAUUUGUAGACUUUAAUUAAAACUUCUACGGAAUGCAUUUAACUCAUUUGACUAUAAAUUUAAUCGGUUGAAGACAAAUUGUUAAUUUAUCUUAUAAUUAAUAUAUAAAUAUUUAUACAUAAAAAAAAAAUACAUUAUUUAAUUUUAAUAUCUUACAAAUAAUUAAAAUUAUUUCUAUUUAUUAUCUGGAACAGGAUACUUUUUUCUACUGUCUGGUAUUCGAUCCUGUACAGAAGACUCUUCUGGCAGACAAGGGUGAAAUACGAGUUGGCCAUAAAUACCAGGCUGAGGUACCACCAAAACCAGUAUAUAAACGUGGAAGUGGCAGUGAUCCAAAAAUAGCUAAGCAGAUAAAAAGUGAAAUUGUAAAGGAAGAACGCAGAGAUGAGUCAAUGGAGUUUGCCCGAGACACUGAGGACAAGAGAGCUGAAAUAAAAUCCUCUACUACAGUUUCAACAGUGACUGCAAUUGGAACAGUGAUGGCAGUGGAAAGUGAUUCUGAUCUUGAAACAUUAGUAUGGACAUGUAGGCCGCAAUGGAAUCGUUUGACUGACAGACAGAUUGAUCAGUUUUUGGUUGUUUCUCGCUCAUUGGGUACAUUUGCUCGUGCUUUGGACUGCACCAGUUCAGUGAAACAGCCUUCGUUGCAUAUGUCAGCAGCCGCAGCAUCUCGUGACAUCACAUUGGUGAGUUUUAUUUUUACAUAAUUAAUGAUUUAUUUAAAAUAAAAAUUGAGCAUUUAAAAAAAAAAAAAUAUUUGGCCAGUUAAUAUUAUUUAGGUUAAUUUUAUUUUAGUUUUGUUAAUUUUGUACCUAAUGGUUAAUUCUCCUCUGCAAUAAUGUCAUCAAUUUCUUUACCAAAGUUCAUUUUUUUAAAUGUAUUUAGUAUAAGACAUUUACUAGUUUGGGUAUCAAACAAUUUUAAAUGAACUUGUGGUGUCAAUAUUGUUUUUUUUCCUAUCAUUUGUUUUAGUAUCUAAGUUAAUAUUACAUUUUUGUAUUUUCUGAAUUAGAUUUUGUGUUUGAGGGUUAUAUGUUUAGUGAAAAAUUAGAAUAUUUUCACCACUUAAUAACUAAAAAAAAAAUAGAACAUUUCAUUUGUUCACUUUUCUAUACCUAAAUAUUGAAUGUGUCAUACAUAUAUAAUAUUCAAUAAAUACAUUUUUAGUAAUAGCUAUCUGUUUUGGUUUCUAAAGAAGGGGUGUAAAACAAACAAUCAUAGGAGUAUCUAUUUUAUUAUACCUAGUGUUGUGAUUGUGAUUUAUUAUUGCAUAAUGUUGUAAUAAUAUAUUAAAUAUAAUUUUUUCUAUAUACUUUCUUCAGAAGAUUGUUAGACUCAAAUUAUUAGAAUAAUCCUUAAUAAUAAAAAGUCUAUUUUGGUUUCUUAAAAUUUAAUUUUUUUCUAAAUACAUAAGUCCUUCCAUAGAAAAUUUGAUAAAAAAACAAAAUCAAUAUUAAUAAAGAUAAUAACGCUGUAUAUAAAUACAGCUAUACUCACAUAAAUUUUCACUAAAGUUACUAUUUUAGAAUAUUGAGUCAUCUUUUUUAGCUUUUAUAUCCUAGUUUUCUACUGGCAGCAUUAACUGUCAUUAUAAAAUCGUUCUAUUCUGUGAGUGUUCUGUGCCAGACAUUAUCAGUAUUACUCAAAUAAUACUGUCUAAUAUAUACAUAGAUAAUAAGGAAUGGAUAGCCUAUUCCUAUAGUUUCAAAUAUGAAGACUGGAAUAAGGAGGUCAAACUCCCCUUUUGAUGUAUGCUAGGGUUGCUACUUCCACCACCAUAGUAUAGUAAUUAUUCAUUUUUUUUUGAAAUUUUUAGAAAAUAUAUGCCUUAUUUUAAAUCAUGACCCAUCAUAGAAUUUAUAGCUUGUAAAAUUAUGCAUUCAUAUAUGUGUAUAUUUCAUAAAUAUUUUUGUAUACUAGAAUAAUAUAGUCUUCAUGAAUCAUGGUUAUUGCUAUAUUUAGCACAAUAUCUAUGUUAAACUUAUGAUGAUUAAGUCAAAAUAUUAUUUAAUUUAGUCUAUUAAAUCUAUUAAAAUAUAUAUUAAGUAUUAACCCUACAAUACAUGAUUUUCUUUUUUAGUGUAUAGUAUAUACUAUUAAUUACUAUUACUAGUAAUAUUUUAAAGGUAAGAUACUUUGGUAAAGUAAUUAGGUACAUCAGGAUUCAAUAUACGUGUACUUUAUUCAUAUAGUAGCGGGAAAUGAUAAAUGCAUACUUUUGCGUGUAAGUAACAACUGUCUUUUAUAGUUUAACAAAUAAAAUAAUUGAAUUAUCUCUUUGGUAUCUUAAACACAAGCAGUUUAAAGGUAUAUUAAUUUAAUUUUUUUGUGUACUAUAGAUGUAAAUUUGCAAUCAUAAAUCAUAGGGAAAUUCCAUUAAUAUUUCAAAUUUCUACACACUGAGGACUAAACUAUUGAUAACUCAUUUAAUAAUUUUGAUUAUAGGCUGAAAUCUCCUGAUUUUUAAAUAAAAACUACUUAAUAUAUUAUCACAUUUAUGUUAGAUUACAGUUGAUUAAUAACUAUCUUGCGUAGAUGGGUAAUUUAUUAAAACAAUUUUUGUUGGUUAUUGUCGUGAAACAACACCAUGUAUUGUAGAGUAUGUUUAUGAAAUAUACACAUAUUAUGCACACGUAUGAAUGCGUAAUUUUACGAGUUAUAAAAUGUAUCAUUAUACAUUUUAUUUAAUAGGUCAUGGUCACAAUUAAUGAUUAUACUGAUUAGUGGUUGCCCUACAAGCUUUGUCAUAUUGUCAUAAGCGUAUUACAUAACAAAGGAAAUUGCUUACAGGAAUAGCUGCUUUAUUAACUUAGUGCGCUCUCUGUCCGUGAAAAUAGUGUUUUAUUUCAAUAUUUCAAAUUCACAAAUAUAUUUUUUGAAUUGCGUUAGCAAUAUAAUAUAGUAUAUAAAUAUUUCACUGCGGUCUGCUAGCUUUACAGAAUUGUUUUAUCAUCGAGUAAUUAUAAAGACCACAAUUUCAUAGUCCGUUGGGUAACCAGCAUAUCUUAAAUCAUAGUCAUGAUUCGAUGUAUUAUGUAUAUAUUUUCCAAAAAACCACGAAUAUAGGUGCCUUCACAGCUUACCGUGAAACGUCAAUUAUUCUAGAACUGAUUGGUUGAACCAUGUGGUUAUUAUGUAGUGGUUAACUAGUGGUCAAUCAUCAUUUUUGAUUUUAAUACCUUCCCUAUAUCGCUUACACCGGAUAGGUGAGUUUAAUCCUAGUCGGACCGUGUGUUCACCACGGUUUAAAGAUAAUGGUAAAAACUAUUUUAAAUUGUAUCAAUCAUGGUGAACAAAUUGUAAAUUAUCACGUUUCACUGUGAGCUGUUAAGGCACCUUAAUCCCAUACUAUGUGUGUUAAAGUAGUGACCCUAGCGUACGCAGCGUAGCCUGUGGCCGUUUAAUCAUGCAACUCAUUUCGCGACGUUUUUUACGCUGGCACCCGUACGAGUUCUAGUCAUGGUUUCAAGUGUUUUUCAACGUAAGCUGCCGCGUUCAUAGAGAACAGAUAUAUUAUUUCUCAUAAAGCUGCCUAUACCGCAAUGGUUACUGCUGUUUAAUGUUUGGUUAAUAAUUUUUAUCAUCAUCACUAAUGUGAUAAUAUAAUUAAUAAUAUCCCGAGCUAAGAUAAUAUGGACUGGCAACGACAUGGCAGGUUCCGCAUAUUCUGAUUAAAAUAAAAUAUAAUAUAGUAUAAUAAAUAUUAUUUACUUCUUAAGUAUAGACCUCAGUAAUUAUUAAUAAUGAAUUAAUUUUAAUAAUAAUGUAAGAAAUAUAUUCUUAUCACUAAAACUAUUAUUAUCUAAAAUAAUGCCAUCUAGCUUGAAAUGUGUUAAUUAAGUAACACACAUGGCGGUGAAAAAAGUAUCAAUAUAGCUGAAUAUGGGCUGAUAUUAGAUUUCCAUAUCUAUAUUCUUAUUAUUCAGAUAAUAUGAUAAUGAAAUUAUAAUAUUUAUUUAUAUUUAUAAUAAUAUUAAUAUGGUAGUAUAAUUAUUAAUUACGAAGAUAAUAUGGACUGGCAAUUGAACCAAUUUCUUUGAUCGAGUUUUUGACGAAAUUUUCGUAGAGGGGAAAUCCAGAGAUUGAAGUGUGUAGUCUAUUGAAGAAUAAUAACACUUAUAACACAAUGAAGUAAAAUUGGAAACCGUGUAACCACGAACGUGGUAACUUUCAAAAAAUGAUAAUUGCAUAAAUAUAUAAAUAAAACAUUUGUAUAUAGAAAUAAAAAAUAAAUAAAUGAAUUAAUGAAUGCGUCACCUGGAGUAUUAUAAGUAUAAUAUUAUUUUUUAUAUUCAGUCUUGGUUUACAUUUUGACUGUGAUAUACCCGAUGAUAAAUUUUUAAUCCGAAACAGGUCAUAUAAUACAUUUAUUUAUUUUUUAUUUCUAUUUAUACAUUAUUUAUUUAUUUAUUUAUUUACAAGUAUUAACCAUUUUAAUCAUUUUGUUUUUAUUUAUUAUUUUAUUAUUGAUAAUUGUAUGUUAGUAUUACAUACGCUGAAUCUGCACCAUUAUUUGCACGAAUUCUCGCAGUAGGUACUAAAUUGUUCAGGAAAAACGGCUAAAUUGUUAUGGUUCUUAGAUGUCUCCCACUUAGGUAUUAUUCUCCUUCAAAAAACUUGACCACACCAUUACCACAUUACCCAAAUAAUCCACAUUACCCAAAUAAUCCACAUUACCACCCACUGCAAUGAUGUUGUCAACCAUAUUAUCCAUAUUACAGUAUAAUAGUAAUAUUCUUAUUACCUUAUGAUAUAAUCUUAGUUCAUGAUAUAUAGAUUAUAGAUAACAAAUUAUGACUAAACAUUUACUUUAUACUUUGAUCAUAGAAUAUUCUGAAAUAGUUAAAAGUAGUAUAUAACCUACAUGGAAAUUAUAAAAAAAAGUCCUUGAUCAAAAACCAUGCUAGGAAUAAAAGCCCUGUUGUAGAAAAAAAAAAAAACACAGUUGUAAAUUAAUAUAUACAUUUUAAUAAUAAAAGAAACAACAUAAAUAUUUAUUUUACUUAUUAUUUAAAGUUAAUAAAAACACACAAGGAUCUAUACAAAAAUAUAUGUAAUAGAUUUUAAAAAAAAAUCAGACUUUUAAAUCUAAAAUUAUAAUUUUCAGAAUUUUGAAGUCUAAAAUUCAUCGUUUCGGAUUUUGAAAUCUGUAAUCUAGAUUCUUGGACCUUAAAAUCCAAAACCUAGAUCUAACAUUUAUAAUAUCAUAUUAUUUGUAUAAACGAUACACAAUCUAUUUAUCAAUAUAAAAAUAAUUUGUUCUCCAAUUAUUUAUAAAAAAUGUAUAUAUUGAUAAAAAAAUUGCCUAAAAAUGUAAUACAACAAAUCUUAUAAGAACACUAUUUUGUAAUUACAGUGUAUAUUGUGAGGUUAUGUAUCCAUUGUUAUGAUUAUUAAUUAUUUUAUGUAUUUUGUUUUAUAUUAUAAUAGUUCCAUGCAAUGGACACUCUGCAUAGGCAUGGUUAUGAUCUUGGUACUGCCACUUGUUCCCUAGUGCCUAGUACAGGACCGGUAUUGUGCCGUGAUGAAAUGGAAGAAUGGUCUGCAUCUGAAGCAAAUUUGUUUGAAGAAGCAUUGGAGAAGUAUGGCAAGGAUUUUGGUGACAUACGCCAUGAUUUUGUUAGUAUAAUAUUUACAUUAUUUAAGUUUUUAACAACUUAAAUAAAACAUUUCCCAGUUAUAAUGUGUGGUUUACUUACUAGUAUUGUGUAAUUAUGUUAUCAGUACAAUGUAUUUGAAUAAUUUUGACAUAUCAUUAUAGCUUCCUUGGAAAACACAUAAAAACAUUGUUGAGUAUUAUUACAUGUGGAAAACAACAGACAGGUAUGUGCAGCAAAAACGUGUUAAAGCUGUUGAACAAGAAUCCAAAUUAAAACAAGUGUACAUACCUUCGUAGUGAGUGUAUUUUGUAAUAUUUAUUAUCUUUAUUUAUAAAAUAUGCUGUUUAAUAAAACUUCAAGUUGAUAUUUUUAGUAAUGGAACAAACACAGGUAGUGGAAAGCAGCAGUCUAUUACAUCAGGUUUAACAGUCAAGUCGUCACAAACACAACAGCUUGUAAAUGGAAACUCCGGAGCCAUAGAACUAUAUUCAUCAAAGAAUAGUGGGGGGCUAAUGUCUACAGCAGGAGAUGGUCCAUUAUUACCUGGAGUGUGUGAUUUAUGUGAUGGUGAGGAAUCAUUUUAAAUUUUUGUUAUGUGUAUAAUUAUAUUAUACACUGUACACUUAAGAAAACAAUUAUUUAUGUUAAAAUAUAUAUUUUGACUUAUUUAUUUUUAUUAUUAUAAAUUAUAAAUAAAUAGUUACCUAAUUUAUGCGUAUAAAAUCAGUUGUUACUUCACAACAAUGGUAUCCGAACACACUUGGGACUACAACUGGAACACCAUCAGUAUCUUCCUAUCACCAACAAAAUGGAGGAUUAUCUUCAGUAGCAUCUUCUACAUUAUGCCAUGAAUGUUGGACCCAUUGGAAAAAAUAUGGAGGUCCUAGGACUGCCACGUCAGAUAAAAAAGUUAUUGCUCCUGCAAGAGGAGAAAGCAUAUCUGGAGAUGAAGGUAAUGAUAUUAUAAAUACCAUAAGAAUAUUGUAUCUAAAAUAUGUUAUUCUGAGUAUAUUUGUCCUGUUCGAAAUAGUCAUUUUUCUAAUCAAAUAUGAUAGAUUAGGUAUCCAUUGUUGAUGUGUAAUGUUGUGAUUAUUACUAUUACAUAUCUUUCCAUAUAAAUCUUUUAACUUGUCAAAUAUUUUUCCAUAUUAGUUUUUAUAAUGACAAAAAUACUUCGAGUACCCGGUUUUAAAUUAUAAAAUGUCAAAAUAUUAUGUAAAAUAAUUUAUAUAUAUAUAUGUUUUAUAAAAUAAUUUUUGUCACAUUUAACAAAAAUAGAUCGUCCACAUUCUAAUGCAUCAUCUGGUUCCGUCGCACUAGCAAUGAAUCUGAAUAUAUCAGGUGGUGGUGGUAGUAGACUUUCAUCUCACACAGGAAAUAUGUCAGUUCCACCUCAUUCCUAUCAUCAUAUUAGUUAUCACAAUAAUCAACCGCUUCAACAACCACAAUCAGCGACAUCUCCAAGUGGUGGUGCUGGCUUAUUACUUCAUCAGCCACAUAUCAACUCAUCUGGAUCCUCAACAAUUACUCACAGAUGCACUAUUAUUGGGUGCCAAGUAGCUCCAUUCAAAAGCAAGUCACAGCUUUUACGACAUUAUAGUGCGGCACACGGCAUUGGGAUUAAUUCCAACAGUAGUCCCACAACCAUUAUCACACAAUCAAGUGGAUCUACCAGUGGUUUUGAUAGUGGAGGCGGUGGAACACUAUCCAGUUCUAGUAUUCUCCACCAUAGUUCUGGUGGGCCUAUAAAUUUGAACAGUAAUAGUAAUUCAGUACAACAUCAAAACACUAUUAGUGGAACUGCUAAUCAAGUAAUUAAUCUUGUGGCCUCAUCAUUCUCCCCACAACAACAGCCAAAUAAUCUUUCAAGUGGAGGAAUAAAUACUGCAUUAAAUAUUGGACCAGGACCAGGUGCUAUGAUUCCUGGUCGGCCAGUUAUGAAAACAAGAACAGCGUUUUAUUUGAGGUGUACAUCAUUGGCAAAGGCUAGUAGGCGCCGUGCUGCACGACAAGCAGCUUCCACAUUACUUCAGCAACAUCACCAGAAAAAAUCAUCAAGUGGUACAUCUGAUAUGUUAUCGCCAUCCAUGAUACUUCAACCAGGAUGUCUGGCCCGUCCCAGGAACGUUGCCCGUAGGCCAUUUAUUUGUGUCCCACAAGCUGCACACGCUUAUAAACAUGAAUGUAAGUGUAUUAAAUAUAUUUUUAUAAUAUAGUUAUUGAAUGUAUUUUCAUAAUUUUGAUGGUUGUUGUGACUGUACUAACAGUGGUAAGAUAGAUGUGGUUAUUUAAUGGUUGUGCUUCAUUAUUUAUGUUUUUAAAUUCUUCAUAGGCAUUUUCCAUAAAAAAAAAAUUGUAACAAUUAUUUAAAAAUGAGUAAUUUUGAUCUGAAUAUUAUAAUUUAUAAUAUAUGCAAUAAUCUCUUGUUGACUAACAAUAUUAAUUUUGCCAAUAGUACUUUUUAAAUAAUUACAAUCUACAGGCCAAUUAUUAAAAAUUUGUUUAGAAGUUCUUUUUGUUCAAAAAAUUUAAAUUUAAAUUGCCCUUUUCAGUUUUUGAAAACAUUUUGACUUAUAUAUUUGACUUCUGAUAGAUUUUCUGAAAAAUAAAUUUUAACUUUUUUUUUAAUGCUUAUUGUGUCGAUUAACUCUCAUCAUAUGAUAAUGUUGUUUUUUUUUUAUCUAGAAAUAAAUUGUAAAUCAAGUUACAAAUGGUUUUUCAUAUUGCAAUUCAAGAAAAUAAAAGUUCUGGAGUUUAUUACAAGGAAUAUGAUACAAAGGGGAAAAAUUAUUUUUAAUUCCAACUUUACCAUUAACAAAAAAAAAAAAACAGAGAUUAACUAAAAUGUCUAGGUUCAGUAGCACUUGUCAUAAUUAAGCAGAAAUAUGCAAAAAAGCAAAACUAACUAGAAAAACUUGAAAACAGCAAUUUGUUUAAAACCAAUCAAAAAAAGUUUAAAAAGCAUUUUUUCAAAUUGCAUAUUUGAGAUCAUUGUAACAUGACAUGAGUUUCCCUUAGCACUGGAUUUUAUGUAAGGCCAAAAAAAUCAGCAAAUGUUUUUAGUCCCGAACACUGAUUAUUAUUCGACCUGUGUGACUUAAAUCUCUAACCCUCUAAAACUCUAAUAAUAGGUAUUUCCUGCUUGUGGCUGAAUGAUAAUUGAUUAUUAAUUAGCGUAAUUAAAAUAAUACAGAUUAAAAAGCUAUGUUUGCAUUGGAGUAAGAACUGCAAAAAUACAUACACAGUUGACGUGUUUUAAGUUAAUUAAUGUCUGAUUCAAUAAUUAAUUUUUUUUUUUUUUAUUAUUUUGUAUGGCACUUGUUUAAUGUAUUUGAAUAUUGUACUUUCCCGAACAGGUAUGCUAUCAAUGCAACAUGCUCCCGUUCAGGAACUUAGAGCAUACUUGAGAGCUGCUGCAAUUAAAGCGCAUGCUCGCAGACCUGGAGUCACCCGAGUGGCCAAUACAUUGAUAGCUGCCAGAAGGGGCCGCGGUGGACCCACUGCUGCCGAUCUAGCCGUACCAGAUUGGCUGUCUUUGCCAUCCCAGCAGCACCAGCAACACCAGUCGUCACACCAUCAUGUCUCUUCUUCAGCAGGAUCAAAACACGGCAAACAUUCUUCUUCGAGCAGGUCAUCCACAGGAGGACGCGUUGCAUUUCCGAAACCACCAAAAGCACCCGGUUAGUGUAUACUGUAUUAUAUGUACUAUUAGAUAUAUAUUUAGAUCACUUAUUAAAUUUAAUGAAAUUAACUUCAAAAAAAAUAAAUUAGUUAAUGGUGUUAGAUGCUAAUUGAGUUUGGUUAAAAUAAAUAAAUAUAGCCUUAAAAUUAAUUAUUAGUUUUUACAAUAUACGUUAGUUUUCAUCAUUUUGUCACCCAUAUUUUGCAACUCCCUAAUUUUUACUUUUUUUUCCUGAGGUUAUUGAUAUGUAUCUAUCAUGAUAGAAAAAAAAAAAUAAAUAUAUUUUUACCAAGAGGUAUUAAUAUACUUGAUUUUUACAUAAUACAAUAUAAUAUUUUAAUAAUGUGCUGUUACUGUAGAAAAAUCAUUUCUGACAACAAUUAAUGAAGGUUAAUUUAUCUAUUCCUCUAAAAUAUUUAUUAGGUACAUAUAAAUAUUUUCACUAAAAAUAUUUAAAAAGGUACUAUAACUUAUACAUUUUUAAGAAAUAACUAGUAUCUACUAGUAAUUGGAAAAAAAAAACAAUGAGACAAAAAGUAACUUUAUAAGUUGUACAAUUUUGAUUAGUAAUUAGUAACUUAACUAGUUAAUUUUUUUAUUCAGGAACUUGAAACUUAACUAAGUUAUUUAAUUUAAGAAAGUAAUUAACUUACUCAGGCUGACUUGUAGUAAUGUUUACAGAAGUAUGGAUCUCUUUGACUCAUAUGCUUUCUUUGGUUUCUUCUGCUAGACUUAAGUAUUAUGAUUUAGUAGAUUAUAAUGUGAUGCAAUUUCGUUUUUUCUUUGCCCAAAACACUAAAAUUGUACACUUUAAAAGUGUACCCAUUUAUGGAUUUCUUAUGGUUUGUGUUGUUGGCCUAGCUCGCAUCUGCAUACCCAGUUACCAUUUCUUAAUUUUUGUAGGAUUUUUUGUGUAUUAAUCUCAUGUUAAAUGUUAUUUUAAUACUGAUUUAAACAAUUAUAAUAUUAUGUGGUAAUUUCAAACUUAUUGUUGAACACAGAUCUGGUUUUAAUUCUAGCAUUGCACACAUUAUGCAGUCUACUAGUUCUCUGUAUAGUUAUGUACAUUUGGUGUCUGUUUUAGUGAAGGUAGGCUUUAGUUGCAUUAGUGUAGAGGAGGGUUUGCAGUUAGUCAUUUUGAACCUCUCUAACAGAUUGUUUAAGUAAUUGCUUCUGACUAAGACUGAAUUUUUCAAUUAAGUAGUAAUCGUGAUAACAUAUUUGUAAUCAUUUAUCAUUAUCACCAAAUUUAUCACAUAUUUACAACUUAACUAUACACAUACAGUACUGUGCUAAUUGGCAUUGGCGUAUUCAAAUAUUCAUUUAAAAUUGUGUGCCCCAUACAUUUGUGGUAUCUUCAGUAUCUUAUAAAAGUUUCCCCUUUGUUCCCUUCUUAGCAUGGUCCUGUAUACAUAUACAUAUAACUGUAGUAAGUGAGAAAAGUAAGAAGUAUACUGAUGAAUAAGUAUAAGGAAAUUAAAUGUUUAUAGGUAUUACUUAUUAGGUUAACCUAACCUUUAUAAAGACCAUUGUUAUAUUAUUAACUGCUGUAAUUUAUUAAUUUACUAAUUAAUUUAAUUUAUUGAUUCAUUGUACUCAGUAUCACAAAGAAGGGGAAGGUGAUGUAGGUGUUUCCCCUCUGACAAUGUUUAUUCAUUGUAGAUAACUAUAUAACAUGAUAAAAAAUAAAUUAUUUUAUAAUAUGGUUGUAUUUAUUUAAUUUAUUAAUACAAACAUUUUUAUGUUAUUAUAGAUGGGAGUUUAUUAUAUGAACGAGUGCCAAAUAAACAGGAAGCCACAGUUGUGCAGCUGAAUAACCAGGCUUCUGCAGUCGGACUGAAUCCAGCAACAGCAGCUGCCAUACUCGGAGCAUUAGGUCCACCAGGAUCUAUGAAUACAGUCGGUCCUGGUUCAUCAAAUGAUCAAUCAGCAUCGGGGUUUGAUGUAGCAGCUGCAGCAGCUGUGCUUUACCAGCAACAGCAGCAGCAACAGCAACAGCAGCAGCAACAGCAACAGCAGCAGCAGCAGCAGCAACAACAGCAGCAGCAGAGUACUACAAGCAAUAAGAGACGUAUUUACGAUUCAGACAGUGGUAUUUAUUAAUUAUAUUAUUAUUUUAAUACAUUAUUUAAUUACAACAUUUUAUGUCGAUUAGUAUUUUCCUACAACUUAUAUUUAAUAAUGUGUGAAGUACUUAUUUAUAUCAUUAUUUGUUAAUUUUCCCAUACAGUCACAAUACAAAAGCAACCGCAACCCCAGGUUGGGCCACCAUCCAAACGUAUGCACAGGCAACAACAUCAGCCACCACUUUCUUCUAAUGCCAUAACCUUAUCUACCAUAACAUCACAAGGAACUAGUGUAGCAGGAGGAGGAGCUGUAGAUGGCAUGUUGGCAUCACUUGUAGCUCAGCAACAACAGCGAAGUGCUUUAGUUUCUGGAAGUCCUUUACAGUUGACUUCCUCCGGGAACAGCAGUAAAUCUGGUGGUUCAGUGGGCCAUCAACAAGUAACACAACCACAACAACACCCACAUAAUCAUUACAGAACUCCAUCAAUGGCUCGAACUGGUAGAAAGCAUGUGAUUUCGUGGACAGAUGCUCCGGACGAUUUAUAUUAUAGAUGUACUGCUUUGUCCAGGUAGGAUAACCAUCAUUCAAUUUCAAAUUUAAUUGGUGAAUCGGUUAUAUGUUAAUUGUAUAUGCAUGCAAUAUCCAAUGAGAUUUUUUCCUAUUCCUAAAUAUUCAUUGUCUUCCAUCAACCAUUAUAUAUUUGCAAUUAUUUCCUCAUGUAACAUUUUUAAAAUCACUAUUUUGGUAGUUGACUUUGAAAAUGAGCUACCUGAAAUACUGCACCUCUUAUUUCAAGCAUCCUUUUUAAUCAUGUUUAUUUUGACUUUUAUUAAGUCUUUUAGUCCUACACUAUUGUAAUAUCCUUGACAGUGUAAUAAUAAAUUGGAAAUUAGUGCCCUAUUUAGUUAAUUCCGGGGUACUUUAAAUUUAUUGUUUUUUAAUUGCUGUCAGGUCACUGCGGAAAGCCAGGAUGACAGGUAAGGAACUGAGGCGAUCAGCACGUAAGCCUUGGCAACCAAUUGCUGCAUUACUUGGCAUAUCAUUUACUAUGCCAUCUGCCCCUCCAUCAUCUGGACCAUCAUUAGGAACAGGAGCGAUAGCUGGAUCCCAAGCUCCACAGCCUGGUAUUUCUGUAACUCCAUCUUCAAAAGGGUCAUCAACACCAUUUGAUAUGUCUACCACAGGAGGAGGUAGGCAAUCCACUACAUCUAAUCAAUCGGGGACUGGGAUCAUACCACCAUGUGUAAUAAACACACCUGUCAUGUCCUCAUCACGCAGCAGUGGUGGUAGUGGUCAUCACUAGUAACUGUAAUGUAGUGAGAAAACACACAAUACAUUGAGAUUUGUAUUUUCAUUAUCGUACUAUUUUAUUUUUUAUAUAUAUACAUAUACAGUAAUCUGAACUCAUUAUAUAGGUUAAACCAAAAGAUACUAAAAUAAUUUGUAUUAUUUUUUUGUACUAUUUAAUAUUAUUUAUAUGUAAUACUUGUAAACAUAUAUAAUUUAUUUAGAUUUUUGGUUUCUCUACACAUGCGUAAUUAAAUUAAACAUAAAUGAAUAUAUAUGAUUAUGAUUAUUACUUUAAUAUUGACUAAAAUUAUUGUAACUUUUUUAAAAAAUAAAAAUCUUAGUUUUAAGGUUAUAUUUUUAUGAGCAACAGUAGCUAAAGUAGUUUUAGUCUAAAUUAGUAAUAGUAUUACAUUUGAGAAAAUUACCUAUUAUGAACUUGAUGUUUUUUUUUUUUUUUUUUUUAUGAUUAUUACCUAUUAUUGUAACAAAUAAUUUUCUUUUGACACACCUUUUUUUUUUUAAUAAUAUAUUUAUUUACAAAAUAAAACAAUAUGAUGCAACACUUCAAAUAAAUAAUUGUACACGUGCAUGUGUGUAUGUAUGAAUUAUACAUACAAAAUAUGAUAUUUUUUUUUUUUUUGUACUUAUUAUCAUGAUAAAAAUUAUUAAAUAGUAAAUAGAUAACAAUGAUUCUUUGCUGGUCUUAAAAAAAAGCUUAUGGGAUUAAAAGUGGUGAUUUUCUAUAACAACAGGAAUUUAGACACGUUUAUUUUCAAUGCUUAUUACCUAUACUUACCUAGUGAAGUAAUAAGAAUUCUGAAAGUAUAUUUGAAUUUAUCAUUAGGUCUACUCUUAGAUCAUAUAUAAUAGAUUGAUAUACAUAGCUGUGUAAACAAUUUGGACCACAUAUAAGCAACUGAUGUUCUCUGUUAAGAUAUCCUAUUUUCAAGUAUUUUUAAUUUAAACACGAUAAAAAAAGUGCUGAUACUGGGGACAGGUGCAGUCACUGUUGUAGGCGGGUAGUUGGGAAUGUUGAAUACAUAAAAAUAUUUAAUUUAUACCUGUAAUCAACGAUAAAUGAUUGAUAAUGAAAAAUGAUUCAUGAUGAAUGAAGUUUGGUUAUAUACAUUUAUUUUGUACAUUUUCCCUUAUUUUCUUUAGAUUUUUCAGUUUGGCUCAAUUACUUAAAAUGCUACAAAUAAAAUCAAAUUGUGGCUUUCUUACUCUUCAAAUAGAUUAAAAAUGCAACGAAAAAGGUCUCUCGUCUGUUAGAGCAAUAUUUUUUGUAGAAAAUAUGCUGUAAAAAUUAAAAUUUUUAUUAAUUAGUAACUUUUUGAAAAAUUGUAAUAUAAAAAUAUUUGUGUAAUAUAAUAAAUAUGUCAUUAAAAAAAU